AUGAAGCAAUGCACCUUCAUACAGAACCUCCCGCGACCGCGCCUACUCGCCCGCCGUUAUGACCGGACACACGCGUACUCGGACGAAGCUCCUCGAAGAGGUCGCAUGCCCACCCUGGAAGCUGCCGACCGAGCUCGCCGACAAGACGAGAGCGAAGGCGUGAUCAAAGUUGAUGCGGAGAAUAAAACGGUCGAGACGGCAGCGGGGACGCUGCCGCUAUCGCCCGUCAUGAACCCUAACUGGAUCGCGACGGCGCAGCGAUUUACGAAGCCGAAGGAGAGCCCCAAGCCGCAGCCGACUGGGAGAUGGCGGAGGCUCUUUGCCAAGAACAUAUACGCCCAAGCUCUAGCCCAGCCCAUCCGCGCCUGCGCCCUUACAAGCGCUCGACUCCCCCAAUAUUUCCUGCAACAGUUCCGACCCGUCCUCAAUCCCGCCACCCAAACAGCUUGGUGGAUGCCAAGCGAACUCACCCGGAAGACGCGUACUACGUCGUCCGACAUACUCGUUCAAAAUAAUAGCACCCUCAACGUCGUCGAGGGUCGCCGAGGUCCUGCGAGCUACGUGCUUGCCCACAGGAGAGUCAUGUGCCGAGGUCAAAUAAAACCGCUGCGUCGCUCAUGGAUAUCAGGCAGGCUCAUGAGCCCACGGUCGCGGGACAUUCAAAAGUUACCCGGAAAAAGGCCUCCGGUGUGGAAGGAGGGUAUGGACCGAGCUGUGCUGGGGAUGAUGAGGGACGAGGUUGUCGCGGAUCUGUUGGAGCUGGCGAAGGCGGUGGAGGAGGAGGGAAAGUUGUUUAUUGUGCCCGUGAAGGAAUGGGCUGAUGCUGAACCUGUCAAAAUGAAGGGAUGCAUCCUUUGGUGGGCGGGAAGGCAGGCCGCGGAGAACGGGGAGGGUGCGGAGACGACUGAUGAGGACUCGAUGUCUCCAAGGCCCUAUACAACCCUGGAUGUGAAAGGUGUGUACGGAUCCAAACUCCCCGUCCAUAACCUCCAUUCUAUUCUUGGGGCGCCGCAUCUCGCUAGAUUACGGCGAGGCUCGGCCAUCUUCCGUGACAAUACCAUGGCCGUGGUCGCUCGAGUAAAGACAAUACCGGUACAGAAGAAACUGUGGAAGAUUCAUGGAUACGUGGCGGGACGAUAG